CGUGCAUUGAUUAUAAAAAGUGCAACGGAUGCUCGUAAAAUCAUAAUUCAAACUAAUCUGUAGAGUCGCUCCAUCGCUAGACAUCUCUUCAACUCUCUCCAAAUCCCCAACAUGAAGUACUUCUCCGCCCUGUGUGUCCUCGUGCUCGUCAUGAUGCUGGCCCAGGCUCUCGGCUGCGGCGGCGGCGGCUGCAACAGCGGGUGCAACAGCGGGUGCAACAGCGGCUGCGACAGCGGCUGCAGUGGCGGCAACAACGGUGGCAGCAGCAGCGGCAGCAGCAGCUCCGGCGACAGCAGCAGUUCAACCAGCUCGGCACAGACUGGUGGAAUUUUGAACAACCUCGCUGGCACGAUGAACAACCGCAGGUGAGCAGCAGGACUGCAGCAGUGCCCCGCGCCCCGCGCCCCGCCCCGCCCGCUGCCCCCUGCCCGCUGGUUGCAACUGUUCAAUAACAAACCUUUUUCUACUAUGUAUUUUUAAUAGGUACCUAUAAUUAUAUUAAAAUAUUAUUAGCAAUAUUA